AAACUCCCGGCCCGAAGCAAAAAGAAACAGCGGAAGCAAAAAGCCCUAGCCCGCUCUCCCCCGCUCCGCGGCUCCCAUGGCGGAGGAGGACCCCUCCUCGCCGGCGCGCCAGAGCCCGGGACCUCAGCCGCCGGAGGGCGCUGCGGGCGACGCCGACGCCCCGUUACCGGCAGGGUUCAUCUUCAGGUGCGACGGCGCGACCAAGCCCGAGUGCUUCAGGUACAGGGUGCUGGGCCUGCCGCGGGGGAGGCUGGGCGCCGUCUCCCGGAUCAGGCGCGGCGCGGCGCUCUUCCUCUUCGACUACGACGCCAAGUACCUGUACGGGCCCUACCGCGCCGACUCGGACGGCGGGCGCGACCUCGAGCCCGCCGCCUUCCAGGGCCGCCUACCUGCCCAGGUCAAAUUCAUGAUUGAUGGUGAUUUCAUGCCUGUCCGAGGGAAAACCGUAAGAUACACCAUAAAAGAGAAUUAUCCCGGCAAAUUCGUGCCAGAACUUACCUUUACACAAGUUGAGAAAUUGAGAGCAUUGUUCCGUCCAAUUAUUUCACUGCCAGUGCCAGAGGCACCACCCCUGCAUUAUGUUGACAACAGCCAUCCCGCUCCAUCUGCUGCUUUUCUGCCUCCUUCGGCUUCAUCUUCAUACCCAACACAGUCAGCUGCUUAUGUGCAUCACCCAAGCGCCUAUGUUCUCACCCCAGCUGCUCAUCUGGCCCCAAAUGAACCUUAUGCAUGCCCAGAUUCUCAACCUCCUGCUCGGACCGCUCAAUUCGCUGCACCUGCUUACUGUGUGACCACAACUGGGCAUCUGUACCAGGCAAGUUAUCAAGCAUAUGGCCCAUCGCCUGCCACCUACCACUACGCCCAAGCGCCUCCUUUGCAACUUGUCUAUUUGCAAGCCCAACACCCUGUGCGAAAACAUGUUACAGACCCUGCAUGUUCCUCUGAUCCCAACUAUGAUGCUAAUGGGAAUGAUCCGUAUCGAUAUGACGCUGUGAAGUCUCAUUACCAGGAAACUACUUCUGGGAGAGCUGCUGCACCACAUGAAGUGGCCGCGACAAACCUCCAACUUGUCAUGCACUAUGGGUACGCCCCAGGCAGUGAGGGUGCAACCAGAGAAACUACACAGUCCAGUGCUGAAGGAGCUGCAUCGGCGAUCUACUCCCAUGCGGGUGCCCCAGCAACCACUCAGGCUGCGCCAUUGGUGUACGCCGUCGCAGCUGCACCACAUGAAGUGGCCGGGACGAACCUGCAACUUGUCAUGCACUAUGGGUACGCCCCAGGCAGCGAGGGUGCAACCGGAGAAACUACGCAGUCCAGUGCUGAAGGAGCUGCAUCAGCAAUCUACUCCCAGGCUGGUGCCCCAGUGACCACUCAGGCUGUGCCAUCGGUAUAUGCCGUCGCAGCUGCACCGGCUAACCUGUGAUUGCCCUGUCACCAUUCAGUCUUUCUUGCAACAUGGUCAACCCGAACCAAGUGAGCUGUUGCUCUGCCCUGGCGUGUUUCACCAUUCUACCCACACGAGGGACUGGAAGUUCAGAUCGGCGAAAGAUGACAUCGCUCUCCUUUCUGCUGAUGUGUUUGGUAUGAUGUAUAGAAGGAUACUAACUGGUAGACUGGUGGUACUAACUGGUAGCUGUUGGUGUCGAGAUUUGAGUGGUAUAAGGUGAUGUAACUUGUGAGAGCAACUCUAGCACAGUUCCUGUAUGGAUUACUUGUAUGACACCAUAUCUCAAUAAACCGCCAAAAGGGAGGAAACCUCACUCUGGUUGAUUA